AAUUAAAUGUUUACACAUAUAUUUAGAUACGUAUAAUGUAUAGUAGUCAAGCCAGCCAGCACAAUGCUGGACAGUCUUACGAAAAUGUACUUUUUAACACGUAUUAUCCACAACCGUCUACAUACGAUGCAAGUUACAGCUGGAAUAUGCAUUACAAUGCCUAUCCAAGCCAUGUAAUGCAUGACGAUGUCGUUAAUAAUGCAGCAUUAAUGGACAGACCAAGAGCAAGGCAAGAAGAUGAAAAGGCCAUUGAACAAUUUCUCCGACAGAGCGAGCAAGUUCCUACGAAAAGCAAACGAAAAGAUCCGUUCAAGAUUGCGACUGUUAAGGGCGCGUUGAUGUCGGUCGCUAAAUUAAAUAAGAAACUCGAGAUUAUUUGUACAGAGCUCGAUCUCAAUGUUGAUUUACCAGAAGAGCAGUGGCAGGAGAGAGUCAGCGCCUGCAACGCUGCUAAACAUGAGAUCUGUGAAAUUCUGAAAACCGUAAAAGACGCGGACUUUCUGAGCCGAGUUAAAAACGAUCUAGAGAAACGCAAGAAGAAACGCAAGAGGGAACGACUCGGGAAAGAAAAGUGGAAGAGGGAAAAAUUAAUGAAGGAAGAAAGAAAGGCAAGAUCGCAUGCGGAAGCUGAUUCGUCGAUCAGAAAGGAGCAAGCGGUACUCGAGCGAGAGAAACAAGAGGAAAAGUUGCGCAAAGACGCGGAUAUGAUUCUGUCGGACGUCCGCAGCAAGAGGAACGAUGCGCGAAAGUAUUUAGGAAUUCUACAGGAUUUACAAAAUUUCCGACGAAUCAAAAUGAACGUCGUCCGAGCCAGAGGCGAGAAUUGGUCCUCGGCAGCUGAUGACGUUUUCAACAAUUCUACUGCUAAGUUAAUGGAAUAUUGGACUACCUUGGAUCGCGAGUACGCGGUAGAGGAACAAGAAUUAAAGCACAUGCUGAAAAUGGACAAUGAAAAAAGAAUUGAAAAGCAGAAGAAAAAUUUAUGCGAUGAUUGGGAGAACGUGUUAUUUGGAACGAGCAUAUUGACUACCGAACAAUCAUCUCGUGAAGAUGUGAAUAAUUUUAUCAUGAUUCGUAUGGCCUGGGACAAAUUCGUAAGCUCGAAAAAUGAUGCGACAACGAUUCCAAUUGGAUGGAUAGUGCCUGAAAAACCAUCUUCUGCUGCUUGGCAAAAAUGUUUGAAUAAGGAGACCUCUUAAAUUAAGCAAACCUGUUAAAUUUGGAAAAUAAAAACAUUUGCUAUAAUA